CCGUUUCUUAACGCAAUGGUUAAAUAUACAGAGUUUGAUACAUUUCAAGUAUUAUCAUAUUUUCCAAGUAAAACAAUGUCGGCAUUUGAAGAAACAGAGGAGAUUUAUUUCGAGACAGUUACGCGAGUUAUCGUAAUUUGCAAUCUACUUAAGCCCGAGUAUUUAUUAUGGCUGUGAGUGUUGGGCACGCAGGCUACGAGGUGCGUCGUGUACAGCGAGGCUUACGGACAUUAAUCUCCAUAUAACAAUCUGGAGACAGUAUGGCUCAAUGACGGAUAACACGACGACACUCACUAACUAGUGUGACCAUCACCACCGUGUCACGGCAGGUCAUCAGUAGUGCGGUCAGUGUGUAGGCCUACAUGUGUAAAACAGUGGACACAUGAUGUUCAAAAUAGCCACGGGAACGUAAAAGUUGUGCAAAAUGGAUUAUUUUUCGACACUUUAUGUAUUGUUCAUAAUGACAUUAGGCUAUUCAAAUGAAAUAGCUGCACAACGAAAACAUGCCUUUCUAUCACAAAACUCUCAAAGACUUCACAAUAAUGGUUUUGAUAGAAACUCACGAACAUCUACCUCAGAGGGAUUUGCAAGCAAUAGGAAGUCCAUGAUGAUCAGUGAUCCGUCAAAUGCGUUUAACUUCAGGCAGAAUGCAAGACGUGGAUUAGGACAAAAUAUAAAGAAGAAUUAUCGUGGCCGUCAAACAGGAGGAACAUUUCGGAAUCGCCCUUUGGGCCCAAUAUCUCCAUCAACCAAGAAACAUUCUCCUUCUUUCAGUAUGCCUGUACUACCCAAACCGAGAGUACGACAAGGGCCAAUCACAACAACACCUGGGUAUAUGAUGACUACUGAGGAGCAGUACGUAGUAGGGUCCGCCGUAGUGUCUAAACCAGCCAAGUUAUCUGGCUGGGCAAGUAGAUCUAAUGGAAGAUCAACGGGACAGUGGCAUGGAAACACAAAUGGGUCACCUUCAAAAACAAAUAAUGUGAAAAAUGGACCUGGUCAUAGGACUGAUGAAUAUAUAUAUAUGGUUAAUGGGCACCCAGCUAGGCCACAAGAAAAUACCUGGAGUAAUGAGGGUAUUCAGAAGCAACCCCAAAGUGGUAAUAUGAACAACAAUGCGGGUCGUAAAACGCUUCAACCAGAUACAAAUAGUGUGAACAAAAGACAAUCAUUAACAAACAAUUUUCAUCAAAAUGGUCAUUACAAAAAUCUUGGACAGUUCCAAGGAACUCAGAACCAGAGGAACACCGUCCAACCCGCGUUUCAGCGUUACUCUAGUGAUCCCGUUAAACUCCAAACAAAGGGAAUGUUUCAAUACAGAAAAAACAAUAGAAAGUCUGGAGGAAUGGCAAACAAUAAUAACUUAGAUAGUUCAAACAGACACGCAUCAUUAAGUAUGCAAGUAGACCAGCGGAGAAUUGAGGCUGUCGGUUUAUCUAAUACAGACGAACAUUGGAGAAAGGGGUCUAAGUCAUCACCGGAUAUCAUGAUGACAUUAACCCCCAAUGAAAAUAACAUAGGUAUGAAUAGGAUACAGACGACAACCAGCGAUGGGAACACGCAUUCCUUACCGAGUACGAUGUCAAUUAGAAUAUCCCAAAAUGGACGUGUUUUGCCAAGUGUUAUGCCACAACUAAGCCCGACACGGGGAAGUGAACAUUUGAUUCAAAACAGCCACCACAAAACAGACACAGGUACUAUAAACAUGGUUUCAUUUCCUCAGAGUCGUCGACAGUACAUUAGUAACCCAGUUGGUGUUAAUAAAUUACCUAUUCCAUCCCCACGUCCAGUAGGAACUUCAGCAAUUCCGGCUGAUAGCUUACAUAUAAACACACGAAUUGUGCAACAUAGUUAUCCUUCACCGACAAGCAUGACAAUGGGACAGUCAACCCCGGGGUUUAAUCGUUCUCCAGUUCCACCCUACUAUAUCAACAACCAAGGAAAUGAUCCGUCGACAAUAACGGGAUCGGCACGAAGCGCGAAACCGGAUACUAGGUUCAGUCUUUACAAUGGACCAAAUGCACCCCCUCGACACCAUAUGGGUAUGCUAGUACCGCCAGUAAUCGGUAUGGAUACUAGGUCAACACCAGGACAAAACAGAGGACCAAAUCCAACCCCAGAAAUACACAUGAGACAAAGAUCAACCCCAGGAUAUUACAACGGACUAAAACCAAAUCCGGUUCAACACAUUAAAACAAUACCAGCCACGACUCAACAUAAAAUACCAAGAGCAACUCUGGGUCAACGCACAAGAGCAAGGCCAACACCAAGUCAAUACAUAAGACACAAGCCUACCCCGGGUCGAUACACGAAACCAACUCCGAGUCAACACAAAAAAACUCGACCAACCCCGGAACAACACAAAAGAUCAAGACCAACUACUCCUGGUCGAUACACAAGACCAAGACCAACCCCGGGUCAACGCAAAAGACCAACACCAACACAGGGUCAAUACAUAAGACCUAGCGCGGGUCAACACAUGAGACCAACACCAACACAGGGUCAAUACAUAAGACCUACCGCGGGUCAAUACUUAAAACCAAAACCAACCCGGGGGCAACACAUACCACAAGGACCCAUCCACGAGCAAAUUAUGCGACCAAUAAAACCACCAAAACACGCCAUGGUAGGGAUGUCACCACAAUUUUUACGACCAAGUAAAUCUCAAGUUGGACCUAUCCGAUCAACUAUGUCACCAAGAGGAUUACUUGCCACACCAAUUCAGCCAUCUCUGCCACUGAAACAUCAAAUUGACAUGUCAGCUUUACCGGAAAAACAACAAUAUAAUAGAAUAGUGCGGCCGUCAAUAGCACCUUUAGGGCCACUGGUUGGAACGAUGCAUUCACCUAUGCCUAUGAAAGGAAAAAUGAAUUGGCAAAUGCGGCAAUCGAUGUCUCCAAUCGGACAGCAGAUAAAGCCAAUACCACCGUCGGUAUCACCAAGGAGACAUAGCUUGGGGCCGAUGCAGUUAUCCACCCCACCGAAAGGACUACACAAUGGGAUUAAAAUGAGACCAACUGCAAGAGGUGUAGGAGUGAAUAUCGCACCAAGUCAACGUCCACUGCUCCACGACUGGCCUCAACCAAGUGCAACGAGUUUACUGGCUCCAUCGGUACGACCAAGAAGUAAUUCUAAUGUUGUAGACGUCGUGCGUGGACAACCACAAUCUUUGAGAAACACACGUGUAUACACAGAACAGAUUACGCCAAUUAAAUCAAAUACAAGUGACAUUGUGAAGACUUCAGGCAUCGAAAACACGGCGGACAUGUCAAGUGACUAUAUAUCAAUGACAUGGCUAAAUCAUCAAAAAGCAGGAAUGUCGCAUAAUUUAAACCAAACUGGUAUAGAACUGGUACCGACACCAAAAACACUAUCGGAUGACGACAAUGGUCAUCAGAAAAUUAGUAGUCAUACAAUUGAGACUUAUAACGGUGAAAAUGCUGGAAAAGCUAUGAAAAAACCUGUAAACUUUAACAAAAAAGAUGCAAUUAAUCCACUUUCGAAGGAUGCCGUGAUAGCAUCUCAAUUUCAGUCCGGACUUAGAGACAAUGUUAAGGACAGGGAAGUUAAUUUUACAACAGAGAGUCGUCUCAAAAGAGUUAACGCUCAGCAAACAACUGCAACUCCAUUCAAGCGAGUGACAUAUUUAAAUAACGGAACAGUCUCUAACAUGGACUUGUUUCUAAUCCCAACGCCGAAUAGUUUUGACACAGAACCGAUAACUGUAGAAAAUAAGACGAAGUUAGCAACAGAUAAAAAAGUAAACAGUUCACCAAAAGGUUACAUAACUGAAGACACCAAGACAGUAGUACCAAUUAUUAAAUCCGUAAAACAACCAAUGAGGAUAUUUGAUAUCAAUGCGUUCAGUAUCAUUAGAUCGCAUUUUCUGCCUAAAGUGCCAGUGCAGACGACAACAAAGAUAACAACCACAACAAUUUCAACAGUUCGUUCCUCGUCUGUCCCAUCUUCUAAACUCACUCCACAACAAAGUUCGCCAAUAUCUGCGAGUAGGCAAAAUAGUAUCGUCAGUGCGACAACACACUCACCGACGUCUACAGCGUAUAACAGUGGCGUAGAUGCGAAGUUAAGGGGCACCACCAAAGCAACAACUACACCAACAAUGGCCGCCACUACAUCAAAAUCCGUUUUUAUCAGAAACAAAAACGUCAUACCACCGGCUUUACAGAAAAUGAUGGAUGCUUUAAGACGACCAGGGUUUGAAGCAGGUAUCCCUAUAAACUUAAAUCAGAUCAUCGCUUCCGAUACAGCAGCAGCAGGUACAUUUAAAAAUGUGGAUAGGUACGAAGAAGCGGGCGGUAUCAAAGUAGGAACUACUCUUGGCAUGCGUCCUGGAACUCCUACGACAGGAUAUCAAGGCAGUUAUAGAAAAACAAACAUUGAAAUAACAGCUGAAACAUCAACAACAAUACCUACAUCACCAUCACCACCAACAACAGUAACAAUACCUUCAACAAUGACAACGAUAGAUUAUUCGACUAGCGUGAUACCUAUGGAAACGUCGACAUUGUCGGCGCCAGUAUCAUCAUAUCCACUGAAUCAAGGAACCAUACAAGAUCUGUAUCACACUCCGUCUGUUGUUCAAACGACAACAGAUUCAGAUAUGUAUAGCACUACCCCCUCUGUACCACAAAGGACGACAGAAUCCAAACCUGCGCCUAUUACAGGAAUACCUUUCUUUGUCGACCAUAUAUUUUGGAAGGAUUCUAAUAUAAAACUCCCCGUUGGUUCAUUGAAAACUUCUAUGGAACCUACGACUGAGACACCUAAGAGGAGUACCACAGGUGAUAAUAGCAAACCCAGCGUAUUCUUUGGUCUGUGGUCUCCUGAAGUACAUAACAAUUCCAGUACAGAACAGACACAAAAAGUCUCAACAACUAGUUCAUCAACUUCCGGAAGUGAUAUAACUAACAAUGGAAUAUCUUACUUGGUUGUGACGAACACAUCACCUAAUGCACCUGUAGUCAGUAUCAACAAUUUAGUAACCGCUGAAGCCGCGUCUCCGACGGUGACAUCUACACAAAGCAGAUCUUCGAUUAAAGUCAAGGAUGUCGAGGGUGUCGCGGAUGUCGGGUAUGAGAUAGCACCUGUGACAAAUUUAAUGAGCAACAAUCUAAAAAAGAAUAUCACCAAUCUAAGGCGACAACUUGAAGACCUGUCCGUGCCGUCGUCCGUACGUCUAUUCACGGAGUCGUCAAAGACAAUUAAAGAUUCAACAGACAAGGCUUCUUAUCAAACACAAAGCGAAGCUACUGUUAUACUUCGUUCAAAGGCAGACAAUGGUGACCAGAACCACGUCCAGACAGGCAUUUCUGUAGGUGUCGCUGUUAAAACACCAUCUCUUUAUCCUAAGGAAUCCAAGUCAGUUCAAAGAUCUGCAUUAUCAACGAAUACUAGACUUCAAAACGUUUUUGGUGCGCGGCACUCGCUAUUUCAGGGAAUUGUUAUUGAUUCCUCUUAUACGGUAACCUCUCCAAAGGCUUCCUCCGCUCCAAUUCCGCUUCCGUUUGAUAAAAAGCGUACGUAUGGUGAAUCAAAAAAUAUUAACACAAACUCUGGUUUUGAAAAGCAAACACAUAUUUCUCAAUCAAAUUCCAACGCCCAAAAGAAAACACAGAUUUCUCGAUCAAAUUUCAUCGCCAAAAAACAACCUCAGGACUCUCAAUCAACUUCCAACGUCCAAAACGCAGUGCAAAUAUCUCAAUCAAAUUUUUAUAUCCCGCAACAAGUGAAGAGAUCGCGAUCAAAAAUUCCUAAGUCGGACAAAUCUAGGACAUUGUUUGAAAUUCCUAAUUUUUUCACUCAUAUGAAUCCAUUUUCAAAUGACGAUGCAGGUGUCAAGCACAGAUUUCUUAAGCCAAAGACAUUACAAGGAGCUGAUAAACCCUUCGAAACCGCGGUAAAUGCGCCUGUUUUUACCCCUGAAGCUUCUAAAACCAAAGAUAUCAAACCUAGUGACCAUGUGUCGCAGACAACAGUUUCGGAGAAGAAAUACGAUCAAAUAACUGGAAACAAAUCUUCAAAAAUGGAAAGUGGUGUUAAAUACAGAGCUAAGAAUGUAUCGACCGCAGACGCGAAGUCAGAUUCAGUGAAGGAGGGUGUAACUGAAACAGAAACCGACAUAAACAAACAAAACACCGCCCAGUUUAAUACUGCCCCACAGGGGAUUCUGAUAGACGCAAGCUUCAUGAAAAAUUUGCCGUUCUUUCUCGGACCUGUGGACUCUAAAUUGUUUAAGGGAAUGCAGAGAAAAGAAAGUCCGAAUCUGAGGCCUCCAAAUGGUCGGAUAGCUCAAAGAACAAAAUCUGUGCCAACAACUUCGUCGUCCACAGUAACAACAAAAUCAGUACGGGAUAAAUCACAAGCAAAACCACCACGAAAUAAAAUGGAAUAUGAUUUAAAAGUGUUGUGUAUGCAGUUUCGGAGGUCGAAUAGCAACGACCAAACGUACAUUCCACAUCCGGCGGACUGCUCCAAGAUUAUACAAUGUUCUCCAAACGGGAAUGGAUUCCAAGCUGUGGCCAGGCAUUGCCCCAUGGGACUAUUCUGGGACUCCAAUACUCAACGGUGCAGUGAUCCCAAUGAUGUUACCUGUUUUGAUGAUCCGUGUCAGAAGGGAAACUUUAACUACAGCAGUCAUGGCGGGUGUGGUACCUACUACAAGUGUUUCGCCGGCGUGUCUGUCCCCACGUGCUGCCCAGCCGGACUCCGGUUUGUACAGACCACCACUGACUCUGGUGAAUGUGUCUGGGAUACAACCUGCUCAGAGCCGUGUGAAACCCUGCAGUCGUCCAGUCUGAGAAAGACAGGUGGAUGUCCAACCCUGAGGGUAGAGUCGAGGAGAGACGCGUACUGGAUGUUACAACGAGGUUCUUUGAUCUUGAAGACCUGCCCAGACGGUUAUCUAUACAGUCAUCCCGAUUGUAGGUGUAAAUCCACAGCCAGGCCUACAACGAAGCCCACUCCAAGAUGCAAGCCCGAGUUCAAGCUGACAUUCGACGGAGGCAUCAUCAAGGAUGUAUCUGACGGGGGACUGGCCUUCAGUCAGGUGAACGUGGCGGGUACCGACAACAAUACUGCUGUGUUUAGGGAGAACGGCUAUAUCUCUCUGUGGGGGUUCCAGAACAGGUACCUAGGUCGCACGUUCUCCAUGAGAAUGAGAGUGCGUGCAGACAAAGGAAGCUGCAAAGCAGGUGGGCGGAGUAUCAUCAGCAACUGUGGGCCUGACGGGCCAACCAGCGUUGAAAUCGCCUGUGCCAAGGACAAGAUAUCAUUCAAGGCAAAUACGGAUAAGACGAGAGUCCCUCCAGUUAUAUGGGCAGAUAUUAAGGACAACGAGUGGGCUGACAUUAUAUAUACGUACAAGGGCAGCAGAUUCAGCGGCAGUGUGAAUGGUCGAAAGUCCUCCCAAUCAGUAAUAGGAAAUCUUGAAUCCAGAAAUAAUCCACUUAUCAUUGGGAAAUGUCCAAAAUCACCCGGAUUUGUUGGUGAAAUAGAUCAGUUGGAAAUCUACACCCACUGUGUGCCCUGACCUGGAGCCAGCAAGGAACUAGUAUCGUCUCAUCAAAUGGCAUCAUUAUUGUGACAUUAUUUUUGUAUAAUUGUUUGUUUAUUGACAUUAAACAUUUUUUUUAAUUCAAA